AGGGUACGCAAUUUCCCCACCAUGUCUGGUGAGUCAGACCAGCCUCAGGCCGGCCCCUCACAUGCGGGGCUGGACCGGCAGAAACCUGAGGUAAAUCGGGGUAGUGGCUCGGGUGGAGUGAUCCGAAGGGGCCGUGUCCAAGGACCCAGUUGGAUUCAAAAGGUUCUUGAGCAAAUAACAGACUCACCUCUCCGAUGGGUCUCCCCCUCGGAGGUGGUGCCUGUCGCUGUGCUGGCCGUCCAAAGGUACCUGUUAGAGGAUGAGCCACGAGACACGGUACCUAAACUUCCCCUUUACUGCUAUGAUGUGACUAUCUCAGACGGGGUGUACCAGGAGAAGUGCUUCCUUGAUCCCAGACUGAACUUUCUUGUGUAUAAAAAUAUUCUUAAAGUUGGCAUAGAAAUGAAAAUUUUCAGAGUCUCGUGUCUUUACAAUGAGAAAAGGUUAGGCCAAGGGAUCCUGUGCAUAGAUAACAUCCACUGUGGGGAGACCUUGGACACUAUUUCUUUAGCGAUUCCCUUCAGAAAUAGUGCUCAUGAGGAGAUACCGGAGAGACCCUUAAGGGGCGGGAAGAGUCAUUACCUGGCCCUGUGGAAUAACGAAGAUCCGUAUGGAGAUAUCUGGUUAACCAACAAGCAACCGGAGGAAUACAAUUUUAACAAUACCAAAAUAAUUUCCCUUUCUCACCUUGAAAUGACCUGGACUAACAGAAGGAAUUUUCCUGCUUUGCUUGUGAGAAUAAUGCAUAAAUCAAGACUAAGAUACUAUGGAAAACCUGACAAAAAUAUGAUUGAGCCAUACCAGACCUUUUUGGAAGUUGCUGACAGUUCCGGCACUGUAUCAGUGAUCAUGUGGAAUACCCUGUGUCCUGAGUGGUAUAAAUGUUUACGGGUUGGUUUAGUUCUUCUGCUUCAAGAUUAUUCUGUUAAAAAGAGUUUUCCAUUCAGGCCACAGCCUCUCCCUGUGGAUCCACAGAUCAAGCUAAUUUCUACUAUGGAAGUCUCCCUGAACCUUCGAGAUCCUCCAACUAAUAUAACGAUCAUUCCAGAAAAGCAGUUGAAACCAGAAUGGAGAUUACCAAAAUUAAAUCACCGCUUUAUCACAAGAUCAGAACUGGACGAUAUGCCAGAAAAGCAAAUCUGUGAUGUUGUUGGCCUUUUAGUUUUUGUAGGGAGGGUCCAGCGGUUAAAAAAGAAAGAAAACAGUGAAGAUUUCUGGUCAUAUCGCUGGAUUCACAUUGCUGACGGGACUUCAGAACAACCAUUCAUAGUGGAACUGUUUUCUACAUCUCAGCCAGAAAUCUUUGAAAAUAUCUGCCCAAUGACAUAUUUCAUAUGCACACAAUUGAAAGUUGUCAGAAAUAACAAUCAAGUACCUAAACUGCUUUAUCUCACCACUACAAAUGAGAGUCGAGUGUUUAUUACUGGUCAUAGAGGCCAGCCAUAUAUCAAUGAAACCAAGGUAAAAAAUUUUAUUCACUGGAAUAAAAUAAGGACUGAAUCUGGAGAAAGGAAGAAUACUGUUAUUGGUGGAUAUUACCCCUAUCCACCAGUGCCAGAGACAUUUUCAAAGUAUAGUACUUCUGUUAAAGUUCAGACGCUCCUGACAGCUAUAAGUGAAGUGAGGAAGGAGAUUGGAAACUUGCAGUAUAGGGAACAAAAACGCAUUGCAAUUCAGGGGAUAAUUACGAUUGUAAAGUAUAUCCCCCAUGGCACUGCAACUGGAAGUUCCUCAGCAUCAGAAACACAUCAGAAUGCUAACCAACCCUCAACAUCCCAAGCAGCAGUAAGAGAAAGUCAAAGUCAGGGACUAAAUGGUAAACGGCAUCAAGAUGAUGGUCUUAUGGGUUCUCAAAUUACAUGUACAACUUUGAGCCCUACCAAGAAAAAAAGGAUUCUACAAGGGCCAUUUGCCAAACCAGUUCCUGUAUCUCAGCCAGAAACUUCUGAACAAACAAAAGGAAAUAAACCAAACAUAUCAAGUAACUUCCAACAUAGAGAAAGUGCAAGCACUAGUAUUAAAUGGAAAGCCAGAAAAACUCUAGCUCAUAGGUGGGAAAGUCAGCUGUGGAGAGAGAAAAAGUUUGGCUUAAGAGAUCACCUGCGUUACAGCUGUGUUUAUCCUGAAAGUAUUCCACGGAAAUUUAUUUCCGAACACAAAAAUUUUCUUGUUCAGCAGUAUAAUUCUCAGCCUGCAAAAUACAUACCACCAGAAGAAAGGCUCCCAAAACUUAGUGAUUUUAAGAGUGCCCGAAGCAUUGGACAUUUUGAAAUAACCAUCCUAGGUCUGAACCAUGAGAGAGCAAUUGAUGUUGCAUUUCUACCCAUGUAUUGUCCAGAAGAUAUCCAAACAUCUCAAAUAGAUACAUUAUUAACCUGCAUGAAUUACAGCUGUGUGUAUCCACAGGCAGUAACUGACUCUGAGAGGAUGCCAGGUCCAAGAGGACUUCCAGGUGAUAUUAUAAGAGCAGUAACUGAACUGGAUAGAGUGCACAUUGUCUGUAUCUUGGAUAUCUGUAAUUUGGGUAACAACAAAGUAGAAGUCUAUUUGCAUAAAGUUUAUAAACCAAAUAAUGCUUCUUAAAAAUUGGCAAAUGGAAUUAUUAUGGGUUAUUAAAGAGGGCACUGCUUUAAAGAUAUUGUCAUUUUGUUGGUAAUUUUGAUAACUUUUUCUGCAAUAAUAUUACAUAAGCUCUCAAGUUAUUAAGUGGUUUAAUGUUUGUCUUGUAUUUGGAGCUAACAGAUUUCAUUUAUGUUCACUGUCUUAUUUGUGAAGUGUACGUUUGUUCUAAAACCUCAGCAUAAGGCAUCUUGACUUUAGAAAAAUAACUUCUCAUGGACAUUUAAAUUCCUCCCACUUUUAUCCACCUAUAAUGGGAAACUUUGAGUUACUAAUUAGAAGAUUAAAUGUUUCUAAAAUGGUAAACCUGCAUUUGUUACAAUCAGAGUAGUUUCUAUCAUUUUCAAAAGCACACAAGAAUUAUUAUAGUCUAGUUGCCCCAAUCUUUAGUUCGGUCAGAUAUAUAGUGUGCAUGAAUUAAACUGUCUUAAGGUUUUCCACUCUUAUUGUGACUUCAUAUCCUUUGAAUUUCUAAAUGUUUAACCAGUCUGUGAUCUUAAAGCCAGAGGUUACAGUAAGUCUAGGUUCUUGCUGUAUUCAUUUGUCAUUUUGGCACAUGUAAUGUGAGUUUAAACAGUUAAAUUUUUAUCUUAUAUUAACAUUUUAAGUGUUCAUAUUGAAAAUAUAAAAGAGUAACUAAGGGAAUUGAUUUUAUUCUGGUUGUCUAUUAUACUUCAUUUGAACUGUAAAUGGCCUUCCACAUUUGCAAGGCCCUAUGGUUUACAUCUAUGUGGUUGGCAUCUUUGAGCAUCUAUGACCAACACAUGAGUUAAAAAUUAUUGUCAAGAUGAAUCUGAUUAUAGUUAAGCUAUGAACUUGUGGGGUUUCAUUCUAGCCUUAUGGUUCUAUGACUUCAUAUGCUGUGCAUUAAAAAUGUUUUGGGCAGCUCACGAACUUAAAAGACAUGCUGCAGUUUGUUCAUAAAUGUGUUCAGUCUUUUGUUCUUUAUAAUUGUGUUUAAAUGUUAAUUAAAAUUGUGAAUCCUUCUUGUGUUAAAAUUUGGGUAUAUCAUUAAAGAAGUUAAAAUACAAUAAGAUUUUUGCUCACCCAUCUCAUUUUGAAUAGAUUUGAUGUCUGUCUUCCAUAUUUUUGGCCAUGAGAGACGUACAUGUACUUGUUAAAUAUGAUUUUUCCAAAUGGAUUGAAGAUUGUUGUUUUGUCAAACAAAAUUUGUG